UUUAAAACAAACUCGUUUCGCGUCUAUACUUACAGCCUUAUCAUAAACCACAGCAUGGAGUCGGGAACUCAAAUUCCGUACAUCAACAAGGGUCGCGAGCUGGGUUACGAGGUGUUACUGACCAACACCAACGACAACCACCGAAAGGCUGCCGGCGGCGGCGGCGGUGGAACCAAGGGCAUCAAAGGCAGCCGAAACCCCACCGAGCAUGCCGUAUCGGUGUUCGAAAAGUAUAUCAUACCCAGCGAACCGGAAGCAGUUGCCAUUGUGGCGCACAGUUACGGUGGCGUGGUGACGGUAGAACUAGCGCAGAAGUUUCCACAGUUCUUCAAGGAGAAAGUAUUUGCCGUUGGAUUUACCGAUAGCGUUCACUCUGGUUCGCUGGUUCCCGAAGUGAUAAUUCCGAUUGGUCGCAAUUGGGUAACCUCGAAGGAGCCACUAGACACACCAUUAACCAUUUCCAAGCGCGACCUACCGCGUCACUCAGCAGGUCACAUCAAACACGAAAUGACAUCGUACUCCUGCAUGGAUGCGUUAUUCAAGUUCUUCGAGGAACGGUACGAGCAAUUUAAGAGUGAUUCCGAUUCCGCUGGGCCCGAUACGAAGAAGCCGAAAAGUGAACUAUAACUGCACCGUUUUGCUUCACAUCUGCCCGAAAAUCAGGACUGAUGGCUGAGAAUUGUGGUAUAGGAGGGAAGGCAUCAUGACGUUGUUGUAAAGUUUUCAUGUCUGCGACAAAUAAAAUUAAGUCCAAGAAAGUA